GUGAACAACACGCGGCGUAAAAAACAAACAAACAAAAGAAUAAAACAAAAACUAUUAACUAAAUGUUUAGUCGAGCUGUUAUUGUACUUUCAAUACGGCAUGAUUCCUCCGUUUAACAUUUUAUUUCAUGCGAGGCAAAGACACUCAUGGGAUGUUGGACAACGAGUUUCAAAUUCGGACACCUGAAGGCGCACUCCAAGGUGUCCAUUUUCUUUACCAUGAUCCUAAUUUUCACGUAUUUAUUCUAUUGCCUCACUGGAUACUGCGAUUCCAUGCCGACUCCACUGUACGUCCAUCAGAGGUUUAGAAGCAAACUUUUCCCGAAGGAAGGGAAGAAACUUCAACCGGACGCGCACUGGAACAUCUCCAUCGUUCGCGAGCUCACCGAGUCCGACCGGAUGGACUUUGAUGCGAAAGACGUGGAGGAUGAGAAACGGCAACGCGGUUUAGGUCAUGAAACCUUCAACAACCUGUCAGUGUCCAACAACUUUGGGACCAAAGAGUUUCCCCAGGCGAUUAUUAUCGGCGUGAAAAAGGGGGGAACGCGCGCGCUUCUGGAGUUCCUGCGCGUGCACCCCGAUGUGAGAGCCGUGGGUGCAGAGCCGCACUUCUUUGACAGGUUCUAUGAGAAGGGUCUCCAGUGGUACAGGAGUUUAAUGCCUCGUACUUUAGAGGGCCAGAUCACCAUGGAGAAGACGCCCAGCUACUUCAUCACCCGUGAGGCCUCUCACCGAGUCUUCUCCAUGAGCCGCGGCACCAAGCUCAUCAUUGUUGUCCGAGAUCCUGUGACCCGGGCUGUGUCGGACUACACUCAAACUUUGACCAAAAACCCUGGCCUGCCAUCUUUCCAGAAUCUAGUCUUCAAAAACUUCACCACCGGUCUCAUUGACACUUCCUGGAGUGCUAUUCGCAUUGGGAUUUACUCCAAACACUUAGAGAAUUGGCUCAGGUAUUUCCCGCUCUCACAGCUUCUAUUUGUGAGCGGCGAGAAGCUUGUCACCGACCCCGCUGGAGAAAUGGGGAGGGUGCAGGAUUUUCUGGGUCUCAAACGGGUGGUGACCAAUAAGCACUUUUACUUUAACCAGACUAAAGGAUUCCCAUGCCUCAAAAAGCCGGAAGGGAGCAGCAGACCGCGAUGCUUGGGGAAGUCUAAAGGAAGACCUCAUCCAAACAUACCAGUGGAAGUGCUGCACAGACUCAGGGACUUCUACAGACCUUUUAACCUGAAGUUCUACCAGAUGACUAGUCAGAACUUUGGCUGGGACUGAAGAGUUGUGAUAAUGCAAUAAGGCAGUGAUUCCUUUCUCUAGAAUUUGGAUGGACCUCCAGACUGAUUGUUAUUAUUCUAACCUUAUAUUGACAAACCUGGUCAGUGAAUCAAGGGUUUGUUGACUGGUGGCUUCAUGAAAUCAUGUGAUAUUUCAGGGAUAAAAUUAAAGCAUUCUCUAGGGACUUCCUGAGCAAAUUUGGAAUUCCAUUAAAUUAGAAAUUGAAUUGAAUUGGCCACGCCCUAGAGGAUAUUGAAUUGAAAUUGGAAUUUUAAUGAAAGGAAGAGGGAUUUGCAAAAUUGCCACUCAAAGAAAUAAAACAGAAGAAUUUUCCCAAUGUUUACGUUACAUUUCUUCUCAACAGGUUUGACAUAUUUCUCUAAACUUACAACAAUAUCAUCACAGCCAUCAUAUUUUUUUGUCAUACAGCAGGGUCAGAAAUUUACUUUUCCAUUAAGGGGUAAAGUUUGCUCCCUGUAUUUGAUUUUCAUGGACAUAUUAUAAUUUAUAGGGCAUUUUAUUUUUACAGGCUAUACCAAAUAAAAAAUAUCAAUAGAAUUUAUUUAAACACUAGAUUUCCAUUUUGAUUUAUUUUGUGUUUUUUUUUAAUUACUAAAAGGAGACCCACCAAAACACACACACCUGCUUUAAAAAUGUAUGUUUUGCAAUAACAAAAAAUGUUUCAAUUGAAAUUGAAAUUUGACAAUGUUAUGUUGCCUCUUUCAUUUAGAUUAUAGACCAUACGUUAAUUUUCCUUUUAUGUUUAUAAUGACUAAUGGUUAUUCAAAUAAGCAUUCAUGAAAUUCUCUCUAAGAUGUGUUUCCAUAGUAAAACUGAGGUGUGUAACGUGUCUUAUUUUAAACUCUUAUAUUUUCUCAGAAUAAUCAUUAGUUUUAUACAGGGAUGAAUACAGGACUAUGCAUUAUUCUGAAGCAAAUAUCUCCUCCUGAUUAAAACUGUUCUGCUUCUGCUGUAAAUUGCUAUUAUUUAUAUUUUAGGAUGUAAAGAUUUUAAAGGGAUUUCAUUUUGUUAAAAUCAAUGAGCAGCAUUUUUUAUAAUUGUAUUUUUUUUUUACAUAAAUUAUCCUUUAUCACAUUCUUAUGAUUUAUGUUUCUUCUCCCUGAUC